AUGGAUUUCGACAAGCUCACUUCGAAGUACAAAGGGGAGCAGCUAGUCAAAAAGCUGAAGGCAUCUUGGCCGAACGCUUUCGCUCGCUCCCUAGGUGAGAGGAAUCUAUGCUCCGCCUUAGAAAUCCUUCGAUGGAUGGCGGUGAUUUUGGAAGAAAAUGGAAGGCCCAUCAUCUGGGAUUGCUUGGAUCUAGCGCCGAUGACUUAUGCUCUAACUGACUACCCGAUCCCCGAAUAUUCUGAUGCCGAAAUUAGGGAUAAAUUUGGAAAUAUCCUCUCUUCCGUUUAUAGGGUGCUGUCUACGUACGAAUAUGGUGGUAACCCUCCAGACCUGUUCGACCUGCUCGAGGGGAGGCGAAUGGUCGAAUUCUUUUGGUCGAAGCCACCUUAUCUACUUUAUACGAUUGAUCCAUACAAAGAAGUCGGCAAGGAGGUUCAGUUUACACCGCUUUCACUCAAAGAGAUUUCAGAGAUUUCUAGAGACGGGCUUGUUCACAUAAAAGACCCUAGGAUGUUGUCUACAGCUGUUGAGGAGAAAGCAGGGCUCUUCGAAUAUGAGAAACCAAAAGUUGGCCAGUUACGCAUCAUGACACCACCUGAGUUUAUUCGUGUCCUCUGGGACAACACUUCGUGGGAUACCAACCACAGUAGAGAGACCUCAUUCGACACUCUGCAACAACUUACCAUACGACACAAGAAAAUACAAGUUGAUGACAACGUUCGCAAAAUUGGCAAUGGACUAGCAUCUUACCGUCUAGUCUGCAUCGCGAGAAUUCCUCUACUUGGUGAGGAGCCUCUUGCUACUCACUUGUACAACUGCAAUGGAAGAAACUUUCAGCCUCCGAAUUGCAAUGGUAAAGACCAGAACUGGUCUUGUGGAAACCCUGGGAAGUACUACCUGAUAUAUUUCAAGUCCGACGAACCUCGAUACUGCUCGCAAAACUGCAGGGUUGAAGAACGCACAGCUGCCUCAAACCCGGACCAUCCUCUAAAGCAGACGGGUACUACUUCGAAUGAGCGACAACGCGUGAGCAUACAAAACAUCUCAACGGUUGCUGCUGUACCUAAUUCGGUACAGAAUACACCGCAAAGUACUGGAUAUACUAUGGAAAGAUGUGCGCAGCUUAGCGCGCCCGGCACCGAACUUGGAUUUGAGCUAAAGCCAACAUAUAACUCACCUUUCGAUAGCCUCAGACCAGGCGGGUUGCAGCAGUUAUCUAUCCCAGCGAAUCCCCAACAACAAAACGAUAACGUGCAGGAUUCUCAAGCGGCAUUUCCUACCCAACAGCCUAGUCAAUUCAACCCCAAUACAAACUCCCAGAGUACUUUUGGGGAAAGGGUACUAGUCGAUCGUCAUAGCAAUCAUGUCACAUUAGAUCGAUCUACCUCUACUGUUAAGGAAGAAGGCUACGAGUCUGGAGAAGUUGGUCCGCAGCUGGGGGAUAUCCCGAAGAGACCUCGGGGAUGCCGUGGACGAAGGAACCGCCGCCGUAAGGAGCAGGGGGCUGGCCCGGAACUCAGAGAGUACGAUGAACACCAACACUAUCGGGGGCGAUCGCCUAUUCGGCGCUACCAGGAUCAACGUGGAUACUACCAACACCCCGGGUCGAGAUCCACAAGCCCUCGAUCACGAGCCCAUCGUUAG